UUCGUCGCGCUCUUCGGCAUCUUCUUCCAGCUCGCGGCUGCAAUGCCAGUGACCGCGCUGGAGAAGCGCGACGUUUACACGCCGCCCGUGCUCUAUCCGCAUACCGGCACUGUCUGGUACAAGGGCCAGACGCACAACGUCACCUGGGACGUCUCCGACCCGCCAGUGAACAUCACCAACAAGUUCGGCACAAUCAUGCUCCGGAAGGGCAACAUCGGCACUCCUCUGAUCCUCGCGAAGGGCUUCGACAUCCUUCUCGGCCGUAUUGAGGUCUCCGUCCCCUGGGUCAUCGAGGAUUCCGACUACAGCGUCGUCCUAUUCGGCGACUCCGGUAACUGGAGCGAGGAGUUCACUAUCAAG